AUGCCUCGGGCGCGCUGCCCACAACUACAAAUAGCGCGCGGUCGAAGGCACGGCCCCAGUACACGCGCGCGCGCACACACCCCGCGCCAAGGGAAAGGGACCACGCGGCUCCGCGACGUUCGUGCGUGCGUGCGACAGCCGGCCAUGUCCACCGAGGCGCUGCUGGCCGCCCAAGGCGGCGGCGGCGGCGGAGGGGGAGUGGCGAGCCGGCGGCUGAGCAUCGACGAGGCGCUGGCGGAGCACGCGGGGGAGUUGGGGCGGUGGCAGCUGCGGCACUUCGUGCUGGUGUCGGCGGCGUGGGCGCUGGAGGCGCUGCACACCAUGGUCAUCAUCUUCGCGGACCGGGAGCCGGCCAUGCGGUGCCCCGCGGGGGACGGGCAGUGCGGCGACCGGUGCGCCGGCGCGGCGGCCGGGUGGGAGUGGGCGCAGGGGAGCGCGUCGUCGACGGUGGCCGAGUGGGGCCUGGUCUGCGGCGAGCGGUACAAGGUCGGCCUCGUCCAGGCCGUCUUCUUCGCCGGGUGCAUGAUCGGCGCGGGCGUGUUCGGGCACCUGUCAGACUCGUUCCUGGGCCGGAAGGGCUCCCUCCAGGUGGUCUGCUUCCUCAACGCGCUCUUCGGUCUGCUCACCGCGCUCGCCCCCACCUACAGGGUCUACGUCGUCCUCCGCCUCCUCACGGGCUUUAGCACCGGCAGCAUCGGCCUCUGCGCCUUCGUUCUCGCCACGGAGCCCAUCGGGCCCUCCCGCCGCGGCACCGCCGGCAUGUCCAGCUUCUACUUCUUCUCCGGCGGCAUCGCGGCGCUCGCCGGCGUCGCGGCCAUGUUCCAGUCCUCCUGGCGCCUCCUCUACGUCGUCACCUCCCUCCCCUCCCUCGUCUUCGUGCUCGCCGUCAUGCCGUUCAUCUCCGAGUCGCCGCGCUGGUACCUCGUGCGACGGCGCGUUGACGAUGCCAUGCGCGUCUUGCGCGACAUUGCGGCCACCAACGGCCGGCGUAUCCCGGACGGCGUAACGCUUAAGCUCGAUGAUGAGGGAGAUGAUGUCGACGGCGGCAAGCAGAUCGAGGAGUCGUCGCCGUCGUCGUCGGGGUCGAUCCUGGACGUGUUCCGGUCGAGGACGACGCGGGCCAGGCUGGUGCUGUCUGUGCUCAUCAACCUGCUCUGCUCGGUGGUGUACUACGGGCUGAGCCUCAACGUGGUCAACCUCAAGACCAACCUCUACGUCAGCGUCGCCGUGAACUCCAUCGCCGAGAUGCCCGCCUACCUGCUCACCGCGUUGCUCCUCGACCACUUCGGCCGGAAGCCACUCGGCAUCGGCACCAUGCUUCUCAGCGGCGUCUUCUGCAUCGCCGGCAGCCUCAUCGCCGGCGUCGGUGCCAUGAGGUAA